UCAGGCGUAAAGGUUUUACUAUGUUAGAAAUUCCUUGCUAAUCUUUUUGCUACAAGUCCUAAGUGAUGAUACAUAUUUUAUGGUGCUUAUUACACUAGUGCAUCUGGUGGGUUUUUUUCCAAAUCAAUUCCAAUUCUUUUACGUCAUAACACUUCCGAUCUCAGAUGAGAUGCGCGCGACGAUCAGCCGAUAACCUCAGUGCGUAUACGAUUUUCAGAGUGAACGGACGCGGUUCGUUUUUACUCUACUAGCCGAUAUUUCCACGUGGGUGGAUAACUUGUUGAAGUAGGUUCUUGCUUAUUUCAUCGUUUCACUUUUUGUUACGAUAAGAACCUUAUUUGAAUAGACUUUCUUUUUGCUAUUUGAUUUCCUUUACGGAAUGAAUAUAAAUGUGUAUUCGACGUGGGUCGAAUUUUAUUAGCCCAACGUGUGUUGGACAAAUUUUGACUUAUUUCUUUCGUCCUUUUACGGACUUAAAUUUGUUUAGAAUAAGUUAUUUCAUUUAUUUAUUGUAAGUAUUUUGUGCAUUGUAGAAGUUUUGUGCAUUACACGUGUUUUUCCCGGUUUUGUAUACGUAGUAUACAUUUAUUUUUAUUUUUAGACAUAAACUGCCUACGUUCUAUACAUUUUGUGUGACGUAGUACGCAUUCAAGAUGGCGGACGCCAUGCUGGGAAAGAGCACAUCUGGGUCAAGUUCUACACAGAAGACCGUACAAAGUACAGAUAAUGUGAAAGAAACCACAGAUAAAGGGAAAAAGUUGGCUUCUACUAAGAAGACACCAGUGAAAUCGUCUUCAUCAACUGUAAGUAACGAUAUUUCCGGUUUCAAUCGUGAAGCUUUGAUGAUUUUACGUGACAUGAACAAUAACAUAAACAAAACUAAUGAGAAAGUGGAGUCUUUGACCAGUAGGAUUGACCACCUUUAUGAAUAUCAGUCUGAUGAUUACAGCCAUGGUUAUUUUGACUAUGAUGGUUCAAAUUAUGAUGAUAAUUAUGAUAAUGGUAUAGAUUCUGAAGGUUUAUCGGAAGAACAGCAUGGUAGUAAGCGACCUUUUAGUGAGGUUGAGCAGGAUGAAGAUGAUGAUAACCUUUUUAGUUCUUUUGUGAAAAAGUUCAAACGUAUUGAUACUGUUGACAAUGAAGUAGAUCAAAAGUUGGCAGAUCUUAUUAACACUACUUUUAGAGAAGGUAUGCAAGAGGACAAUUUAUCUGAUAUUUCCAAGUCUAUUUUUAGACCAUCAAAUUGUGAGGCGUUAAAAGAAACGCGUGUUAACCCAGGGGUAUGGUCCGUGUUAAAACCGGUUACCCAAACUGAAGAUUCUAAAUUGAGAGGAAUACAAAAUUUGGUAAUUAAAGCGUCUUGUAAUGUUGCUAAGAUGUUAGAUAAAGGUGCUUCUGACUUUGAUAAACAGAUGUUAGAAUGGGGUACAUCAGCCUUGGGGCUUCUUGGUCAGUCUAAUAAAUGGAUCAACAUUCGUAGAAGGGAACUUCACAGAAAGGAUAUGGAUCCAAAACUCCAUUACUUGUGUUCUCCUUCCUUGCCCUACACAGAUAUGCUAUAUGGUGACUCAAUGAUUAAAGAUAUUAAAGACAUUCAAGAGUUAAAUAAGAUUAGCAGACAGGUCAUGUUUAGAGGUCGCCCUGUCGGUAGAGGUUUUGGACGUUUCAACUCUUUUAGUAGAGGUAGAAGGCCAUUUAGACGUGGGGGAGCAUAUAGGUUUCCCUUUUCUGCAAAGCCUAAGAGUGGACCCAGAAAAGAUGUGGCCACAUACCAAAACAAGAAUUUCAAAGCAGUUUAAUACCAAGGCUACUGGCAAAGAUGAGAGCAGACCAGAGCGAUUGUAUACUGAUUGUCCCAGUUUGGUUAACACAGAGUUGGUUUCCGGCAGUAAUGGAGAUGUUGAUAGAAAUACCAUAUCUUC